AUGAAACACAAUCAGAGCUGCUGUCAGACACCUCCCACUGUCACUGUUCACAUACAGUCAGGUGUAUCCAGAUCAUAUCAGCAAAAAAAAGCCUUCAGCCUUAAACGUCCCAAAUUUAAAGACAGCCAGGAGACUUCUGGAAAAAAUUUGAAUAGUAAUAAAUCAAAACAGCCAAAAGGUUCAUGUCUAGUUAUUCAGCGACAGGAAAUGACAGCUUUCUUUAAACUGUUUGAUGAUGAUUUAAUUCAAGAUUUCUUGUGGAUGGAUUGUUGCUGUAAAAUUGCAGACAAGUAUCUUUUAGCAAUGACUUUUGUUUAUUUCAAGAGGGCAGGCUACAGUAUAAAUGAACACACCAGGCUGAAUUUCUUCGUUGCUUUGUACCUGGCAAAUACAGUUGAAGAAGAUGAUGAAGAAUCAAAGUAUGAAAUAUUUCCAUGGGCCUUAGGAAAAUCCUGGAGGAAGCUGUUUCCUGACUUUCUAAUUUUAAGGGAUGAACUCUGGAGCAAGAUGGACUACAGAGCUAUUGUAAGCAGACGAUGCUGUGAGGAGGUAAUGGCUAUUGCUCCAGCACAUUAUAUAUGGCAGCGGGAACGUUCUGUAUAUCAUAGUGGUGCUACAAGAAAUCAUAGCCGUGAUGAACUGCAACUACCUCGAGGACCCAAUGCCACACCAGUUAAUUGUUUGCUUUGUGGGAAAAAAACAAGAUAUAUAAGGUUGGGGUUAUCGUCCUCUUCCUCCAAUGGCACUCUGGAAAUGAUGGAGCAAAACAUUCCUCAAGGAUUAAAUGACUUUCUUUCCGCUGAUCAAAUGCUUCUUGAGCCACCUCCUCACAUAUCCCAAGAUUGCAACAAACUACUGAAAGCAAGAAAAAAUAAUUAUACAAGUCAUGAUAAAUCCAUGGACUGGUUUAUUGGAAAUGAAGAAUAAAUGUACUUCCAG